UUGCUUAAAAAGGGAGAUUUUUCUUCAGCAGCCAACACUCAGUGAGGACACGUUUGGUUUCCAUCAAGAAAAAAUAACUAAUUCAUCACAAUUCAUUUUCAGUUAUUUCUUCCCCCCCUUUUUUUUCGCACUGGGACAUAUUAACUUUCUUGAGUGGACUUUGUGCACAUUUCCUGUGGGAUUUUAUUACCUUUUGUUUUGUUUUGUGUGAGGCUGUUUCUCUGUCGAACAGCAGCAGGUGAUUCAUCAUCAUGAAGCUGACAGGAAUAUUUUUGCUAUUGAUGCUUUGGCGCUGUGAGAGCGCGAGGAUCGCAGAGAGCCGAGACGACAACAGCGUGUACGACUUGUUUGAGCUCAUCCAAGUCCCCAGGAAGAACCACGGGGUCACUCUGGUGAAAGGAGACGACCCUUACAGCCCCGCCUACAAGAUCCUCAACCCGGACCUGAUCCCCCCGGUCCCCGAGAGCGCCUUUAGGGACCUGAUCGAUUCCAUCCACGCCGAGAGGGGCUUCCUCCUGCUGCUCAACUUCAAGCAGUCCAAGCACACCAGGGGCAGCCUCCUGACCGUGGAGAAGCGCGACGGCUCCGGACCCGUGUUCGAGAUCGUCUCCAACGGCAAGGCGAACACCUUGGACAUAGUUUACUCCACCGAGAACAAGCAGCAGGUGGUUUCCAUCGAGGAUGUGGACCUGGCUACGAGUCACUGGAAGAAUAUCACGCUGUUCGUGCAGGAGGACCGCGCGGUGCUGUACGCGGGAUGCGACGAGGUCAACUCGGCGGAGUUGGACGCGCCCAUCCAGAGCAUCCUGGCGCAGGAGACGCCGGCGAGCGCGCAGCUCAGAAUUGGCAAAGGAGCGGUGAAGGACAGGUUCAUGGGGGUCCUUCAGAACGUGCGCUUUGUGUUUGGAACAACGCUGGAUGCCAUCCUCCGCAACAAAGGAUGCCAACGCUCAAUUACGUCUGACACCAUAAUCCUGGAGAACCUCAACGGCUCGUCCGCCAUCAGAACAGACUACACUGGACACAAGACCAAAGACCUGCAGAUGGUGUGUGGCUUCUCCUGCGAUGACCUGGUGAGCAUGUUCAAGGAGCUGAAGGGCCUCGGUGUGGUGGUCAAGGAACUGUCCAAUGAACUCAGGCAGCUGACGGCUGAGAACAAGCUGAUUAGAGACUACAUCCCCAUCCACAACGGCGUCUGCAUCCACAACGGCAUCGUGCACAAGAACAAAGACGAGUGGACGGUCGACGACUGCACCCACUGCACUUGUCAGAACUCUUCGACCGUGUGCCGCAAGAUCUCCUGCCCCCUGAUCCCCUGUGCUAAUGCUACAGUUCCUGAUGGAGAGUGCUGCCCCCGCUGUGGAACACCGAGUGACUAUGCAGAGGACGGCUGGUCGCUGUGGUCUGAAUGGACCCAUUGUUCCGUGUCCUGUGGGCGGGGCAUCCAGCAGCGCGGGCGCUCCUGCGACCGUAUCAAUAACAACUGCGAGGGCACCUCCGUGCAGACCCGCGACUGCUACCUGCAGGAAUGCGACAAACGCUUCAAGCAGGACGGCGCCUGGAGCCAUUGGUCACCCUGGUCUUCCUGCUCGGUCACCUGCGGUUCUGGUGUCAUCACACACAUCCGCCUCUGCAACUCGCCCACCCCUCAGCUCGGAGGCAAGGACUGCGCGGGAGAGGGCCGUGAAACCAAGAAAUGUCAGAUGCCUUCAUGCCCCAUCAAUGGGAACUGGGGGCCCUGGUCUCCAUGGGACACCUGCAGUCUCACGUGUGGAGGCGGCGAUCAGACUCGAAAACGUCUGUGCAAUAAUCCUGCGCCACAAUACGGUGGCAAAGAGUGUAUUGGGGAAGACAAAGACACCCAGAAAUGUAACAAGAAAGCCUGUCCCAUUGAUGGAUGUCUGUCCAACCCGUGCUUUGCUGGAGCAAAGUGCACCAGUUUCCCCGAUGGUUCCUGGAAAUGUGGCAAGUGUCCCGCUGGCUACACCGGCAACGGCAUCAAGUGUAAAGACAUCGACGAGUGCAAAGAGGUGCCAAACACUUGCUUCGAGUUCAACGGUGUGCACCGCUGCGAGAACACAGAACCGGGCUACAACUGUCUUCCCUGCCCUGCUCGCUACUCAGGACCCCAGCCCUUUGGCAAAGGUGUGGAGCAAGCUGCUGCUAAUAAACAGGUGUGCACACCUCGCAACCCCUGCCUCGACGGAAGCCACGACUGCAACAAAAACGCCCGCUGCAAUUACCUCGGACACUUCGCCGAGCCCAUGUUCCGCUGCGAGUGCAGGCCCGGUUUUGCUGGCAACGGUCACAUCUGCGGAGAGGACACGGAUCUGGACGGAUGGCCGAACGCCGACUUGGUCUGCGUGGAGAACGCCACCUACCACUGCAAAAAGGACAACUGCCCCAACCUUCCCAACUCUGGGCAGGAAGAUUACGAUAAGGACGGCAUUGGAGACGCUUGUGACAGCGAUGAUGACAAUGAUGGCAUUCCUGACGACAGGGACAACUGUCCAUUCAUCUACAAUCCCAGGCAGUAUGAUUAUGACCGUGAUGAUGUGGGUGACCGCUGCGAUAACUGCCCCUACAACAGCAACCCAGACCAGACUGACACAGACAACAAUGGAGAGGGAGACGCCUGUGCUGUGGACAUUGACGGAGAUGGUAUUCUAAACGAGAAGGACAAUUGUCCCUAUGUGUACAAUGUUGACCAAAGAGACACAGACUUGGAUGGAGUCGGAGACAUGUGUGACAACUGCCCUCUGGAGCAUAAUCCCGAUCAGGUGGAUUCAGAUGACGACCGUGUGGGAGACAAGUGUGACAACAACCAAGACAUCGAUGAGGAUGGACAUCAGAACAAUCUGGACAACUGCCCAUACAUCCCCAACGCAAAUCAGGCUGACCACGACAAGGACGGCAAGGGAGACGCCUGUGACCAUGACGACGACAAUGACGGCAUUCCUGAUGAAAAGGACAACUGCAGACUGGCCUUCAACCCCGACCAACUGGACGAAGAUGGUGAUGGCCGUGGAGAUGUUUGCAAACAUGACUUUGACCAAGACAACGUGCCUGACAUCUACGACGUGUGUCCGGAAAACUUUGGCAUUAGCGAAACAGACUUCCGCAAGUUCCAGAUGGUUCCUCUGGAUCCCAAAGGCACCUCCCAGAUUGAUCCUAAUUGGGUAGUACGCCACCAGGGCAAAGAGCUUGUCCAGACCGUCAACUGUGACCCUGGCAUCGCUGUUGGGUACCACGAGUUCAAUGCGGUGGACUUCAGUGGGACUUUCUUCAUCAACACAGAGAGGGACGACGAUUACGCUGGCUUUGUGUUUGGCUACCAGUCAAGUUCCAGGUUCUACGUGGUGAUGUGGAAGCAGAUCACACAGACCUACUGGUCCAAUAAACCCACUAAGGCCCAGGGUUACUCUGGCCUGUCCAUUAAAGUAGUCAAUUCCACCACUGGUCCAGGAGAGCACCUCAGAAAUGCCCUCUGGCACACUGGGAAUACGCCUGGACAGGUCCGCACUCUCUGGCAUGACCCCAAGAAUGUCGGUUGGAAAGACUUCACUGCCUACAGAUGGCAUCUGAUCCACAGGCCGAGAACAGGACAUAUUAGAGUCGUCAUGUACGAGGGCAAAAAGAUCAUGGCCGAUUCUGGUAGCCUCUACGACAAGACCUACGCGGGCGGCAGGCUAGGUCUUUUCGUCUUCUCGCAAGAGAUGGUUUACUUCUCUGACCUCAAGUAUGAAUGCAGAGAUGCAUAAACGCGUGGCGUGGAAGUUCUGAGGAAUGCACCUUUUUUUUGUUGUUGUAUAAAGUAUGAACUUAUGUAUUCUGAUGCAAAGUCCAGGGACCGAUAUAUCUCUGCAGCUCUUUCUUCUGUGGCACGCACACUUGAAUGGGGUAAAGGGCAUGUGGUCGGCCUCAGGGUAACUUGAAGCCGGUUUUGGGCAGCGUACCAACCGGCUGACUGCCAGUUGAGGAUCAGAGAGCGCCUUCUCCUUCAGCCUUAGCAUCCACAUGGGCAGGGUGAGCUGGGGGAAAAGAAAACAGGCCCUCUAGCUUUGCCAGUAGGACAGCAACACCUUUUUAUCCCGGCUCUGCCUGCUUUCCUGCUCUCUGAAAGACCUCAUUCACCUCUAUGUGGGCGCAGCUCCCCAUAGACAACUAUGCACUUCCAAGCCUUUCCAUCUCUCUCUCUCUCUCUGUCUCUUAAUCUAUCACUUUACCUCUCUUCUCUGACCUGUGUGUCUUUCUACUUUAUCUUCUGGAUGGACACUCCAAAGAAAGAAAGAACCGAUGAAACAUUCCCCUUUGCUCUACCACAUCUGCCAGGACGUAGAUCCUGAACGACACAACUUUUGAGGACCAUUUGUUAUUAAGGACUUUUGCGAUUUAGGAAAACUUUUUUGGGGAAUUGAGAAGUUAAAAGAUAAGGUGGGAUGGAAGUUGUUGGCGUUUGUGUUCAUGCAUGUACUGUAUGUGGAAGAGUGGAACAGGAAUGAGAUUUGACCCAUUUUACCCCUAAGAAGCUUCAAUAAGGUUAGGUAGUUUUAUUUUUUGGAACACACACACAUAUACUGGGCUUUGUUGAUUUUGUCUUUUUAAAUGAACAACUCUCAGGGUGAGAUGGAAGAAAUGAUCUGCUCAAAACAGAAUCAUUUUUUUUUAGACAAAAAAAAAGAAAUUUUCUUAUGCCAGUGAAAUAUUCCCUCUCUCAAACUAAAAACCCUUGUCACUGAAGAGAUUUAUCUCCCUCAGCUUUUGAGGAUUUCUAAUUGAAAUGAUGUAAAUAAAUACAUGUAAUUUAUUGACUCUUGCCUACAGUGUAGGCAGCAAAGGAAAUUUGAAAGCUCUGAGAAAGUUUUUGAAAAAAAGAAAUCUAUCCAAUAUCGGAAUGAAAGUGGACUAAAAAAUCGGGUACAGUCUGAUGUCAAAUGUAGAACACGUGUGCUAUGUCAGCGUCGAUCAUCUCCCACCGCACAAAGUGAAGUCGGUAUUCUCCGGAUAGGUCUUUUAUUUAGUAUGAAGUGUAUGACUGAUGCGGCUUAUUGUGUGCCUUUUCUUCAGAGAGAGAUGAAAAAAAACAAACAAUCUUUGACGUACAAAUAUUACCUCAUUGCUGUUGUAUAAUUUGAUCAGAUGAAAAAAGAAAAACGACCAUAUUCCUUUUGAAAUGAUGGACUUCUUAGUGCUACUGUAGCAUGAGCUGUAAAUAGUGUGACAUGUCAUGUCUUAAAAAAGAAAAAGAAAACGCAACCAAACUCCCAAACUCUUGAUCAAACCCAGUGAAAAUGAUGUUUAAAUGGGAGGUUUCCUUUUAUAUAUAUAUAUAUAUAUAAAAAUAAUUUUGCUUUAUCAUGUAUGUCCAUUGCUGUUUUUAGCAGAUAAGUUAUUGUUCUGUUUUGUCUUCGCUGUUUGUUUGAGGUUGAUUUGUGUGUUUGUGUGCGCGAAAGUCUGUGUGAGUGUGUGAGUGUGUUUGUGUAGAUAGAGGCUAUUUAAAAUAAUUUAUCUGGAUUUGUUGCCUUACAAAAAAAGAAAAAAAAGAAAUGGCACGUGUCCAUCUGUAUAAACGGUUUGCACACUGACGUGAGGAUGUUCUGUUCUUUAUCGUUUUUAUCUUCUUUUUAUUUUGUUGUUUUUUUGUUACUGUGUAUCGAUGUUACCAUUAUUUUUGUACAAUUAGUUUGCUUGUCUGGAAACGUUUUGGUUUUUUCUUAGUUGUACAAAGCGGAAAAUGCUGUUUUUAUUAAUAGCGACUAUUUUGUUACAUACUUCAAGACAAUAAAUAGUUGUUACAAUUCUGA